AUGGCCGUGGCUGCCUGCGGCACCAAGGCCAUGUCCCUGUUCAAGCGGACCUUUGUGCUGAGUCCUGCCGCGGCGCCCCGGGGCACAGGCACGGGCGCCGGCUCCCCGCCGCGCGGCUGCCCCUUGUCUCCCGCCGCCUGGCCCUCCAAGGACUGGCCGCGGGGGGAGGGCGUCUGCGGCCGGCUGCGCACCCCGCCGUCAGCCUGCCGCUGGCCCCAGUCCCACUCCUGCUCCUCCGCAUCUCCCACCUCAGUGUGUCUUCUCUGUCCCCAGGACUCAAUGAGCAGCAGCUUGAAAACUUGCUACAAGUAUCUCAAUCAGACCAGUCGCAGUUUUUCAGCUGUCAUCCAGGGGCUGGAUGGGGAAAUGCGCCAUGCGGUAUGCAUAUUUUAUCUGGUCCUCCGAGCCCUGGACACUCUGGAAGAUGACAUGACCAUCAGUAUAGAAAAAAAGGUUCCACUGCUACACAACUUUCACUCUUACCUUUAUGAACCAGACUGGCGGUAUAUGGAGAGCAAGGAGAAGGAUCGACAAGUGCUAGAGGACUUCCCAACGAUCUCCCUCGAGUUUAGAAAUUUGGCUGAGAAGUAUCAAACAGUGAUUGUUGACAUUUGCCAGAAAAUGGGAUUUGGGAUGGCGGAGUUUUUGGAUAAACAAGUAACCUCUGAACAGGAGUGGGACAAGUACUGUCACUGUGUCGCCGGGCUGGUGGGAAUUGGCCUUUCCCGUCUGUUCUCACUCUCAGAGUUAGAAGACCCCUUAGUUGGUGAAGACACAGAACGUGCCAAUUCUAUGGGCCUGUUUCUGCAGAAAACAAACAUCAUUCGUGAUUAUCUGGAAGACCAUCGAGAAGGCAGAGAGUUUUGGCCUCAAGAGGUUUGGGGCAAGUAUGUUAAGAAGUUGGGCGAUUUUGCUAAGCCACAGAACAUUGAUUCAGCUGUGCUGUGCCUGAACGAACUUAUAACCAACGCACUUCACCACAUCCCAGAUGUCAUCACUUAUCUUUCAAGACUUAGAAACCAAAGUGUGUUUAACUUCUCCGCUAUUCCACAGGUGAUGGCCAUUGCCACUCUGGCUGCCUGUUACAACAAUCAGCAGGUGUUCAAAGGCGUAGUGAAGAUCCGAAAAGGGCAGGCGGUAACUCUGAUGAUGGACGCCACCAAUAUGCCAGUGGUCAAGGCUAUAAUCUACCAGUACAUAGAAGAGAUUUAUCAUAGAAUCCCCAGCUCAGACCCAUCUUCUGGUAAAACCAGGCAGAUCAUCUCCACCAUCAGGACCCAGAAUCUUCCUAAUUGUCAGCUGAUCUCCCGAAGUCACUACUCCCCUCUUUACCUGUCAUUUGUCAUGCUGUUGGCUGCCCUGAGCUGGCAGUACCUGAGCACACUGUCCCAGGUCACAGAAGACUAUGUGCAGACUGGAGAACACUGAUUGGGUCUUAGUCUGGAAGCUCAAGUUCACCAUGAAAUGGAUUGGCCUUUUCUUCAAGAAAAAGGAUAUUGGGGCGCCUGGGUGGCUCAGUGGGUUA